UUUGUUUUACGUGUAAUAAACGAUAAAAAUAAAUUGAUAAAAAAGCGGGUUAACAUCUUUAAAAGUGCGUUCUGAAAAUACGAGCCACACACAAAAGUUUAGUAACAAUUCUAGUAAUAUUAAACAAAUAAAAUAUUGUUUAGGGAAUAAUCUAGUUACAGAACAUACAUCAUUAUAUACGAUAAUCGAUUUGAUGAAACAAAAAUAAUCGAUCAAAAUAAUCGAAGUUGAUUUCGCCUCAAGUAUCAUAUGGUGUUGUUUAUCCUAGCUGACUGUUAUUUACAUACCUAUCACACACGUGCAUGAUACAAUGGCAUUUAAAAAUCUUUGCACGAAUAUCGUCAAAGAAAGUAGGAUAUUGGAUAGAUGUUUAAAAACCGCUAUAAAUAAACGCAGUUAUUCAGUAAAUACAUCUUCAGAGGAUGAUGAGAAAUCGACCCAUUUUGGUUUUGAAACGGUUAAAGAGAGUGAGAAAUCAAAGAAAGUGCAUAAUGUGUUUGAAAAUGUUGCUAAUUCAUACGACCUGAUGAACGACACAAUGAGUAUGGGUAUCCAUCGUAUCUGGAAAGAUAUCUUUGUACAAGAAUUAGGACCUACUCAUGGUACCCAUCUCUUGGAUUCUGCUGGUGGUACAGGCGACAUUACAUUUCGGUAUAUUAAUUUUCUAAGGAAUACACCAAAUCCACAUAAUGUACGUAGCCAUGUAACUGUGUGUGAUAUAAAUGAACAUAUGCUAGACGUUGGAAAAAAUCGAGCAAAUAGGCUAGGUUUAGCAGAGGAUAAUAGUUGUGAUAUUACGUGGAAACAAGAAGAUGCGGAGAAACUUACCUUUCCAGACGAUUCUUUCUCCGCUUAUACCGUAGCAUUUGGAAUAAGAAAUAUGACUCGCAUUGACAAGGUAUUGUCUGAGGCAUACAGAGUAUUACAGCCAGGAGGAAGAUUUUUAUGUCUAGAAUUUAGCCAUGUUGACAAUAAGCCUUUACAAUGGUUAUAUGAUCAAUAUUCCUUUCAAAUAAUACCUGUAAUGGGACAAUUAAUUGCAGGGCAAUGGAAAGCUUAUCAAUAUCUUGUCGAAAGCAUAAGAAAAUUUCCAAAUCAAGAGGACUUUAAGAAUAUGAUCGAAUUUGCAGGAUUCAGAAAUGUAACUUAUCAAAAUCUUACGUUUGGUAUGGUUGCUAUUCAUUCGGGAUUUAAACUAUAAAAAGAAGAUAUCUCGUUAAAACAAGAAAUCUAAGAACAAGGAAGGCUUAUAACUUGGUACUGCCAAAUAACAAAUUACGAUAUUGCGGCAAUUUUAAAGUACAAAUAAAAUAUGUAGCAAAAUUUGUAUAUUUUUUUUUAGUAUUUUAGUAGUUUUAUUUAUUAAUUCUCAUUAAUUAGCAUUAUUUACUUCUUUUACAAAAAGUAUAUAUUAUUUUUUAUUAGUAAUUAUUUCUUAUUAGCAUUAGCAUUAUCUAUUUCUUUCAGAAAAAUUGCAUAUUGUUGCUUAUCGCGAUCGUUAAUUGAUGGUUGCUCACAUUAUUGUAAAGAAUAAAUCAUUGUGUAAAUAUACAUUUUAGGGA